UUGCCUUUUUUUGAAGCAAAUGCAACGCGAACUUGCCACCUAGGUGGUGUAUGGGACAACCGGACCGACUACGGAGCCUGCGUGCUCGCAGACGCCAUUUCUGAAGCUGAGGGAACCGUGUACCUGCAGGCCAUCUUCUGCACUGGCUACUGCUUCUCCCUUCUCGGGCUUGUCCUCUCUCUCUUCAUACUACUUCGGUACAAGUCUUUGCACUGUCUCAGAAACCACAUCCACGUGCAUUUAAUGGUGACAUUGGUCAUUCGUGUGGUCGCUUGGCUUACGCUCUACGGAACCACGAAAAUUGACUCACUGCCUCUAAUGUAUCUUUACAAUGCAACGACCUCUGUCCAGGCGUGUGCCAGCCUCGCCAUGCUCUGUUGGAUGUUCAUUGAGGGAGCGCAUCUCCUGAAGAUUAUCUACUGGACGUAUGGCCUUCACCAAAUACGACUCUGGCACUACGCACUCUUCGGCUGGGGUAGGAUUGAUUUUGCCUUGGAUAAUGUGCAGUUUGACGGCGUGGAUGUGCUUAGAUCGCGUGUCUUUCAAGGCGGCAUUCUCUGUGUGCCUGCUAUACUCGUGUCAAUUUGGACCGCUAUCAACGCCGUCCACAAUCCCAGCACGCGUUGGAUUGAACAAAGCCAGGAUUUCUACCUGAUCUCGUUGCCCUCUCUGGUAAUUCUCGCAGUAAGCCAUCUCCUCUUGACGCAUAUCUCGAUGAUCCGAUGUAGUCUUACGUCACAAGACUUUACACAAUGUGUCGCAAGCUAUUCCUUUGUGUUCCAGUGCAACACUCUCGUGCUAAUCUCCAUCAUAUACACCCUACUCUUCCGUCUCAAAGCACCGAAGGUUUCACCGUCGAAUGGAGCCGCCACUGGCGUCACCCGACGACGCAAUCGUUCAGCCUCAAGCCAGAUGCUCAGCAUCGGCCUCACGACCCCUCGUCUUGACGUGUCCACGGACACCGCGCCGACUUCCUCGUGUGACCCACAUCACCGUCUGAGCUUGGAAAUGGCGAAUGGUCGGAUCGUAGGUGGUUCCAGUGACCGCAAACCUGCUCCACCGGUCAGAUCGCCGUUCGCCUUCGCGCGGAACGUCUACAAGCCAAAAUUUAGGCUUCCAGCUCGCUUCAACAGGGCGGAGUUCAUGUGCGUAAUGAGACUCAUCGUUGUUUGCUGCCUCGUCUGCCUAGAGCAUUGCCUGAUUGCCCUGUUUUCGUGUUGCAGGAGGUCGCUGAAGGCCUGUCUCAUGCUGGUUCCGCUGUUGGGCAUUCCACAGGUCAUAUUCAUUGUGCCCUACCACGCGUCGGUUGUGCGCAUCUUCACUUACAUCAACGCCAUCGUCACCUCUACUCAGGGUUUCUGGGUGGCGCUAAUCUUCUGCUUCUUGAAUGAAGAGGUUCGUCUCCUUCUACGCAAUUCCUUUCAGAACGUCAUUCUGCAAAUGGCAUUGCGAAAAGCCACCCACAAUGCCCAGCGUCGUCGUCAUUCUCCCCAGGCCAACUUGCCUGCUCUGGGGGUGUAA